AUUUUCUGAAAUAACAUGACUUGGUAUGUUUAAUUAUCUACUCAAAAUUUUCCGACUAAAAACGAGUUCUCGUGUCUAAGUUUAUUGACAAUAUCUUUACAACACGUAGUUUUUUCUAUUGUUCACACCAUCCUUAGUAGAAUUUAGCGAAAAUGUGAAGCCUUUGAAUGUCAUCGGUCAUAUGUUUUCUUCGAGUUGUAGUGGCACUUACCAUUUACUAUGAUGUAUUCUAAAAACCGUGAAAUAGUCAUUCGACCGAGCUUUGAUUCAACAACACGUAAACUAAACACGAUAACAUCACAUGAGGAUUUUUCGUACUAUAUGUAUAUACAUUUAUUACUUACUCGAUCUAUCAAAUGUACAUCCGGUAUUUGUAAACUUAGACAUUCUUGAUUUAGUCGACAAUGCUUUCGAGUUUUAUUGUUGUGCACCUGAGAUGUGGUAAUUCAUAAUUGUGGCAGUAUAUUAAGAUAUUAAUCAAGUUCGUUGCUUCUGAAAUGAGACCUGCCUCAUAUAAGUUAGAUGAGAUUGUCGCAUACCAACUACAUGACCGAGUAAAUAUUAAAAUAUAGGGUUCAUGUGGUACUGGCAACGAAUAAAACUACCUAUUAUCUUAUAUCACCAUCUGUUGAAUCUCACUAUUCGUUGUCUUCGAUGACUCAGUGAGCAAUGUGUCCAAUACGUAUAGUGCUCUGUUAAAUUAUGGGUUAACGGACAGUGUAAAUAGUUGUUAGUCAUGGCUAGUGACUUUCAUAUUCACAAAUAAAUGAGUCCAAAAGUUCUAUAGAGUCCCAAAGAAAUUGGAGAGGCGUUAUGCGGCAGUUCUUGUCAUUAAAAUGUAUUUCAAAGAAGUACAUCAACUUAGUGAAAGCCGUUUACUCGAACAAUUGAUCCAUAUGGGGCAUUUUGCAAGCUGUAAUGAUUGUUAACUUCAAGUGGUGUUCGUCAGAGUUGUACACUACCCUUAUGUUUAUUUAACUUCAUCGUAGACAUACUUUGAGAGACAAUAGUUUCUUUGUCUGACUUUAUAGGGGUUAUUCUCUCAUCAUACAAUUCACCUUUAGACUUAGAAUACAUAAAAGACAUAGUUUUAUUUAUUAAGUACUCCGACAACAUACGGUCUUACUCAAAUCUUGAGUAAUAGCAUUUGCAACUUUUUUGAAUUCGUUUCUCCCUUACAUGUUACUUCGGGAUUGGCCUGUGUCAUCGUAUAAAGUGAUAGUAGGUAAUGAAAUAGUUGAGUUCAUUAAACAUUGCACUUAUCUUGGAUGUCUCAUUAGCCCUAGUAGGUUGAUGUGUAAUGAGAUUUUGGUUUUUUCCCCAAAUUGUAUUAAUUAUAGAGUAGGUGGUUUGUUCAUCUGUUGAUUAAUGUGCAACUAAUACUGUAUGGCAGUAAGUUUUGUUUUAUUUUAUGGAUAAGAAAUGGGGUAUAUGAAAGUAAAAGGCAUGCUUAGGCUGUAAGUUUCUAAUCAUAGAUAUCUUCUACACAUUUCUCGCUUAUGUUGGAACCACCGAUUUAACAAUGUAAGGUUUAGAUGCAUGGUAUUAGGCAAUCCUGCUAAAUCAAGUAAUAAGGCUGUAAAUCCUCAUCGACUGAUAUAGUAGGGACAUUUGCUAAGUGAGAACGACUAUUCAGUAGUUAGGGUAUUCAAAUUUUAGCCACUAAGUCACAGAUUAGAACCCCACUUCUUCUGUUUGAAUAAUAAAAUAGUAUUGCUAGCCCUCUCACUUAGAUUAUCGUCCGAGUACAAAGACACAACUCUGUACUUCUCAUUUAAAUUGAGUUUGCGUAUGCCCAGUCACUCACACCUCAGCAUGAAAUGUUAGCUAGUAUAAAAGUAGGUUGAUAGAGAAGUAGUGGCGGGAUAAUCAAGGUGUAGCAUCAGUUUAUAGCAUUAUCGACUACUAAACCAAGGCGUGUUGAUCGGUCCAGACUACCUCAUUAGGGCCCUCUUGGUUAUCUCAACUAUUAGUUGGAGACGUUGGGUGACUUGACUCGAAUGCGUAAACGCACUCAUACCGUAUCUUCUAGAGCGAAUCUCAGUAUUUCUUCAUACACAAAACUCUACACUUUGUCUUCUCAAACCCUAUUCUGUAUUCAGUCUCUUCCACUGUCAUUGGUUCUACAAUUAUUUUGGCUGGGUUUGUAUUCGUUAUAUUGAUUCCAUAUCGUCGUGCUCAGAUGGUAUGGCGACUUGGGUUAACGCGUAAUUGUGUUAGGCUCUGUGUCGAUUAUGACUAACUGGUUUCCAAAAUAGCUAUCGUGUGUUUAUAUUUUUAGUGUUUUAGAAGGAAAAAUAGCUUUUCAUUUAAUGAUGUUCACUUUUAGAAAAUGUUUUACAACUUUGACAAAAACUAUUCAAAUGUACAAGGAAAUUUCAAGACAUCUAAGAUUUAAGCAAGUUAAAGAGAAACAUUUGUAUGUUGUGUAGUCCAAAGUAAAAACAUACAUAGGCAAACUACAACAACUUUGUUCUACUGUAGUUUCCUUCUGAAACCCGAAAAAUACAUUCCGUGUUUAGAUCACUUGAAUUCACUUAACAAACCAGAGCAAUUAAAUGUGAAAGAUGAUUGGAUGUCCGAUCAAUAUUUAGUAUAAUAUAUUGAUGAUAUCUACUUUGUCUCUCAUCUAUUACAUGUUCAAAUUUCUUCUGUUUUAGAUAUUAAUGAUUACAUGGACCAGACAGAUGAAUCGGUAUUGAUCAGUCAUGAAGCAAAAGAAUUUUAUGAUGAAAUUCGUGGACUAGUUGUUGUCUUUUUGCUAUUCACCAUCCUUUUCUUUAUUGCUCAUAUCACAUUGCAGUAUUUUCUAACUAGAACGGAAUGUGAGUUAAAGCCAUAUCGGGGUGAACGUUUAGCUUACCAACUAGUCUUGGGCAUAUGUACAUUUACACUGACGAUAGGCCUGACUUCAUACAGUUUGUUGCCGUUCACCAUUAUCACCAAUGAGAUUCUAUUUAUUUUUCCUAAAUCCUAUUAUGUACAAUGGUUAAAUGGGGAGUUAAUACAAGAUUUGAUACUGCUUAUUAAUAUCGGGUGUAAAAUAUCCUAUUUAAGUAUACCAUUUUCUUAUUUUUUGUUAAAUUCUCAGGGAUUUCUUUAUAAACCACAUUCCUUAACACCACGCUUGAUUUAUUCUUUCACGAUGGUUUUAUUCUUUUACAUUUUGUGUUUUGGUACGUCAUGGUCGCUAACCAGCUUUGUAUCGGCAUUGAAUUAUUAUUUUUUAUCAGAUGUGUUACCUGCUAGUGAUAACAACUCAUUUCGUACAUACCAUCAUCAGACUUAUUUUUCUGUCAGUCCUACGCAUCACCUUGACUAUUAUAAAAAUCAUCCAGUUUCACUUCUCCUGGAUUACGUAAGAUCUGUUGGCUGGAUUAGAUUUCUUCAGAACGUUUUCAUCCAGGUGAUAUUUAUGUCAGCUUUAGAAUUGAUUCAAAUGACAGCCUCUUUAUUAGGACUGUUAUUAUUAUUUAUUUGUACUCCAGUGGGUCUACUGUCCAUUGUCUUAAAUCUAAUCACAAUUAGUAUACAUUCUUUACCGGAUUUAACACCAAAACAAACAUUGCAUAAUCGUAUUGAACAAUUGAAUUUUGAAGCGUUGACCGUCAUGGAUGACAUUAAUUGUGUUCAACUUCUGUAUACUACUAACAAUAUGAUGGAUGACGAAGAUAAUUUUUUGGUUCACAAAUCAAUUUGUUUUCGGAAUUAUACUGAUGUCAAGUCAAAAGAAGAGCUGUUACUUAAGUAUACAAAUAAGUUGGACUUGUUGAACUUAGAAGUAUUACAGAUUAGACAACGUAUAAACGCACGUACGUUUUUGGGAUUUAUGCACGAAUCUACACACUUGCUUUUUUAUUUCUUCUGUUUAAUCUUGCUUUUUGUUUUGUUUCGCUUAUUGGAAUCGUUUGUAUUUUUCAAUAUCCUUGAUCUCUUAUGGAGUAUGGUUUUUGGCAAUUAUGAUAGUAAAGACAUCAGUAGUUAUUUGGUGACAUCAGAAAGCAAAUGUUCAUCGCUGCCGGGUAAUUCUGCAGAUUACAAUUUUACACUUGGCUUAAAGCCUGUUUCGUCACUUGGACAUAUUGGGGCUGCUUUCCAGGUCUGCCUGGUGCUGUUUCUUCUUGUAUUAAGUUUGUGGGGUUUUUACUCACUCCCAUGUGCUCGUUUUCUUCGACCGAGAUAUCGCGCAACGAGUUUGGAUAUUAUGUUGGCGAACAUCUUGUUAUUCCUAAUGUUAAGUGCCGCACUUCCUCUACAAACCAAUCUGCUAGGAUUAACCACACUCACUUUACCUAGUCCACUUAAAACAGAAGCUAUCGUGUUACCCACAUAUUCAGAAUGUUCAACUCUUGUCUGCGAAUCUUCACAAUACCGAUUUAUUUGUGAUGAAAAUACGUCCAACUGUCCGAGUACAAAAUCGAGCAAGAAAUCUAGCAGUUGGUGGACAAAGCUGAUCAGUGGCACAUACUUUGAUUCAUUCAACUGGCUUACCUUUAUCCGUACAAUUAAUCCAUUUAGUUCUCCAUCUCCGAAUAAUCUAGAUGAAUCAACGGUACCACGCCCGAUCCAAGCUAAGGAACAGUCGAUCUUCCGUCAGUUUAUUUCUCGUGCUUUUGGCUAUUCAUCUGUAUCGCCUAGUUAUGGGCUAGGUCUAGUCAUACUAACGUAUAAUAUUUGCUUCCUGGUUUCUUCAAUGUGGAUUGCUGGCCGACGACUAAGAGAUGCUACGUUGUCAAUCAGUUUAGAUGUGGUAACGACGAUUCGGUGUUUACAUCAGUUGGACAUCACAUCUAAACCUAGAUCACACUUAGAACAUACGGAAUGGCUAAAUGAACUACCUUGUACCAACGGUUCAGAAGAACUUGAUCGACGUAUUUACUAG